GCCCCUGGCCUUGCCGGCAACGACACGUCCAUCCUCCCCGCAGACCCCUACAGCCGCGCAGCCGCUCGCGUUUGGGCCGCCUAUGUGAAUGACAAGUUGUUCCCUUCGUGCACCGGCAUCCUCAAGACAGCGAAGCAGGAGGAGAGAGCCAGUAAGGUGGAGGAGACCCUGUCCGGGCUCCGACACUUGGAAGCUGCCCUGGCAGAGUGCUCCAAAGGGGAGGUGGAGGCGCCGUUCUUCGGUGGUUGCUCCAUCGGGUUCCUUGACAUCGCGCUCGGGUGCUAUCUUCCUUGGUUUGAGGCAGUAGGCCGCCUGGCCGGCUUGGGGCCGCUUAUCGACCCGGCGAGGACGCCGAAACUAGCAGCAUGGGCGGAGCGGUUCAGGGUUGUCGAGCCGGUCAAGGCGCUGCUGCCUAGGGUGGACGAGCUGGAGGAGUACAUCACUACGGUGCUUUAUCCAAAGUGGAACGUCGCGGUCACCGGUAACUAAUUAAAGAUCGUGUCGUUCCAUUACCGGCGGAGGAUCGUGUCAAUCCAAUAAUUCCUCCGCCUUGUGAGUUGUUGUUUUCACGCCAAGAGUUGAACUGUUGCUACUAGGUCCUUAGUGUCUCCUCGUCGUGGAUGGUGCGCAUGCGUGCACUCUCUUCGAUCUGAGUUGUUGACAUGUUGUUUCGUGAAUAAACUGAAGUUUCGUCCAUCUUGCAUCUUGUUUGUGUUAGCUCUUUUAUGACCU